UUGGUUUGCACUACAGUGACUAGAUGAGUACCAUGUGUUGUGUCUGUAUACGUGUAAGAUGUCAUCGUUGAUGAGACUCUUGGUUAUUUUUAUGUACCAUUAUGUUAUAGAUUCACAGCCAAGUACUCUGACCUGUCCUGCAGGUUGGAAUUCUCUUGGAUUGAAAUGUUAUAAAAUGUCUCACCAGUCAUUAACUUUUUGGAAUGCAAAAGAAUACUGUAAUAAUCAGAAUGCUGAAGUCAUUAUGCCGAAAACGGCCGAAGAGAACAAUGCGAUGAAAACACUGCUUCGACAGGUUAACAGUACCAAAAAAUGGCAUGGAAUUUGGAUUGGACUUACCGAUACUGAAUCUGAAGGAACAUGGCUUUGGACUGAUGGUACAAAACUAAUUUCUGCAAAUAACCAUUGGAGUCCUGAAACUUAUGAACCAAAUGGAUUCACAAAAGAAAAUUGUGUCGUCGGUCAUACAAGGACUGAAAAAUGGAUUGAUAUCGCGUGUUAUUCAGAACAUAGGGCAGUUUGUCAGUUGAAAGAUGUAACAGUCAACGAGGGUGAAAGCGUUCAACUUACUUGUGGCGUCAACAACAUGCAGAUUUCAUGGACCAGGUCUGUCAAAAACACAAGUGUAAAAGUGUCUGAAUAUACAAAUGGUGUAUCUUUGACAAACCUUGUAUUCGAUAAUGUGAAAUGGUCUGAUGAAGGAAAUUACGAAUGCAGUUUUACAAGCAUCGAUGGAUUACCUGAGACCAAAAUUACAAGACUGUUUGUAAAUACUUCAACAAAAAUGUGCAAUUGUCGAUGUGAUUACAGAAGAAAACUGGAAUAUUGGGAAUCGACAAUACAACGAAAUCAAACAAAAACGGAACUGUAUAAGAAGUUAGAACAUGUCAUCCGACAGAUACAAGAUGAAUUAAAAGUAAAUAAAACUAUGCUUUCGUCAACUACUCGCAAGCUGACAUCGGCUUAUGACAAUCGCAAGUUAUCUCAGACAAUUGGUUUCGUUGGUGCCGUUUUCAUCUCUGUUGUCGUCGGACUGGUCGUAUUUAUUGACAUUAUAAAGUUUAAACAACACAUAGAAAACAUAUGGAAAAAAUACAGUUCUAAGAGAUAAAGAUUAAAAAAACAACUAUUAAACCAGAAAAAUGAAGGAACUUUUCAAUAUUAGAUUCGACGACAACUGUUUUUUUUUUAUCGUGUCAAUUGUAUAGACUUUUCAAUUAUUUACAUAUGGUUUUGUUACUACAUAUAUAUUUUGUUUGCCCUGUUAUGUUUUUAUGUUAAAUAAGAAUACAUACAUGUACGUAGCAACGAUUUGAAAAGAUGAGUGCAAUUGGAUGAAAAGGUUAUGGAUGAAAGGUGUGUGAUUAAAAAGAAUAAUUUUACAAAUUACUUUCAGAGGAACUUUAUAAGAAAUCAAAUUACAAAAACCAAAAGAUAAAUAAAAUGUUAAAUAACAAGAUAAAAAACGUAAACACAAGGAAAAUAAUUCCGCCAGCGAUGUAAUUGAUUAUUUUCAUACAAAUACAAUGAGGUUAGUUGCAAAUUACUAAUGCUUAUUAUCUUUAUUUUCAUUAGCAGUUUCAGAAAAAGUUUCCGUUUAAAAUCGCUUCAAAAUAUAACAAAAUUACCUUUUCUUAAGAAGAAUCAUCUUUUAAGCGUUCCAGAUUUGCGACUGAUUUCGAAAUAUCUAUUCGUUAAUAUAUAUAUACAGUAAAAGCACCGUCUAUGUACUAGUAUUUUCAUUUUCUUUUUACUUUUUUUGUCAAACUAUAUUCGUAACCAUGUGCAAUGAUUCGGUACAAAGGCACUUUGUAAUAUAUUGAUUUUAACUACUUAAAAUUAAUAUAUUUUCUAUCACUGAUGACAUCAUCAGACAUGAAAAGAAAAUAUUACAUUAAUCGCAAGUGCAGUAAGGAAACCGAUGACAAAUCCUCUUCAGUAGAAAAAAGUCUUCAAAAUUACGCAAGUUUUCCUCAAGGAUGAUACAGGUUUUAUAGAGAUCACAGAAAAAUAUUUGUAAAAAUUAAUAAUGAUAACAAAAAGUUACAGGAUGAUCAUUAAACGUAAAAAGUUCCUCUGAAUACAAACAACGUCGAGAAAAGCAGUUUAGAUGACUGUUGUUUAAAAUAAUUUUAUAAUGUUACUUUGUGAGCAAAUGCUCUCCUAUACGGCUGCAUCUUAUUUUUCUAGUGGCGUUUUAUGUUAUAGGAAACUGUCAAUAUACUAAGAUAGAUAAGACAAGUUACAAAUAAAUAUACAAAAUCG